GGCGAUUUGGCGCGGACUAAGCUGUUAUUGUGUUGACCAGCGCUGCAUUGUAGCUGUCGGUGUACAAAGUCUCAAGAAAAUAAUAAUAAUAAUAAUAACUCAAUUUAUGGCUCCGGUAUCAAACCCAGACAAAGAUAUGGACACUCCGGGCGAUGAUGAUGGAGGAGAUACCUGUGGUCUGGCCAAGAGUCGCUCCAGACGGGAAAAAAGAGAGAAAGUUGGGAGAAAAUCUGCACUGGAGCAACUUAAGAAAGCCAAAAGGGGAGAGAAGAUCAAGUAUGAGGUGACAGAGGUUACCAGUGUGUAUGAAGAGGUAGAUGAGGAUCAGUACUCGAAGAUGGUACGGGAGAGACAAGAGGAUGAUUGGAUCAUUGAUGAUGAUGGUGUAGGAUAUGUGGAGGAUGGCCGUGAAAUCUUUGACGACGAUUUAGAUGACGAUGUUGUAGAAAACAAAGGAAGAGGAGGUGAUAAAGGAGCUGGAUCAAAGAAAGCUGUGAAGAAAACAGUUGUAUCCAAGCCUAACACCAUUAAGAGCCUUUUCAUGAACAACAAUGUUAAGAGGCCUGCAGAGAAAGAUGUUGACCUGUCCAAAGAUGAUCUGUUAGGUGAUAUCUUGCAGGAUCUGCACUCAGAGAAACCAGCUCUCCUUACUCCUCCACCGGUGGUCACAUUAAAGAAAAAGAAGUCUUUGGGAUCGCCUUUAAAUCCCUUCUCCAUAAAACCUCAGAUGCCAAAGGAGUCGCCCUCGUCUACGGGAUUAAAGGCCAAAGUGAUUCGACCGCCGCCUACAGACCUCGCCCCUAGACCGUCAGUCCGCUCUUCUCUCUCCACAUCUGCUCUUCUGGAAAAGCAGAAGUCAGAGGUGGAAGAACUGAAAGAUGAGCAAGAGAAUGACACUUUGGGAUUUGACGUGGUGGACUUUGAUGAACCGAUGGACGUUGGGCUUGAGGAGGAGAAGCCUGUAGUUAAAGAUGAGCCAGUAGCUGCAGUUAAAGUGGAGCCCAAAGCUGAACCUCAGGAUUCAGUUCUUUUAUCCAGUAGACUUGGAGGCUCUUGGGGACAAGAAGAGGAGGACAAAGUCACUGAAGCUCCUGCAGAGGUUCAGGUCGACUCCAGUCAGCUGCCGCUGGUGGAAGGAGCCGAAGGGGAGCAGGUGUUUCGCUUCUAUUGGCUGGAUGCCUUUGAGGACAUAUACAACCAACCAGGUGUGGUGUACCUGUUUGGGAAAGUGUGGAUUGAAUCAGCAAAAUCUCACGUUAGCUGCUGCGUUACUGUCAGGAACAUCGAGCGGACCGUGUACCUCCUACCUCGUGAAUUUAAAGUAAACCCCAAGACCGGAGAGGUGUCAGACAUGCCUGUGGGGUUAAUGGAUAUUUACCAGGAGUUCAGCGAGGUCUCUGAGAAGUUUAAGAUCAUGAAGUUCAAAUCUAAGAAAGUGGAGAAGAACUAUGCUUUUGAAAUCCCUGAUGUGCCCAAUCAGUGCGAUUACCUGGAAGUCAGAUACUCUGCCGAGUUCCCAGCGCUGCCAUCUGACCUUAAGGGGGCGACUUUUUCUCACAUUUUUGGAACAAACACCUCCAGUCUGGAGCACUUCCUCCUCAGUAGGAAAAUUAAAGGUCCUUGCUGGUUGGAUAUCAAGACACCACAGCUGAUGAGCCAGCAGGUCAGCUGGUGUAAGGUGGAGGCUCUCGCUGUGAGGAGCGACCUGGUCAGCGUGAUCAAAGAUCUGCCACCUCCACCCCUUACUGUCAUGUCCAUCAGCCUCAAGACCGUUCAGAACCCCAAGACACACCACAAUGAGAUUGUGUCUCUAGCUGCACUCGUCCAUUAUCGUUUCCAUAUGGACAAAGCUCCUCCUCAACCUCCGUAUCAGAAUCAUUUCUGUGUGAUCAGUAAACCAGUUGACUGCAUCUUCCCGUAUGACUUUAAAGAAGCUGUGAGGAAGAAGAACGGGAAAGUGGAGAUUGCUGCUACAGAGCGGACUCUGCUCGGUUUCUUCCUGGCCAAGAUGCACAAGAUUGACCCUGAUGUGCUGGUGGGUCAUGACAUCUUUGGUUUUGAUUUGGAAGUUCUUCUGCAGAGGAUCAAUGUAUGCAAAGUUCCCCACUGGUCCAAAAUUGGACGCCUCAGGAGGGUUAAUAUGCCCAAAUUAGGGGGUCGCAGCGCCUUUGCAGAGAAAAAUGCAACCUGUGGCCGGCUGGUGUGUGACGUGGAGAUCUCAGCCAAAGAGCUGAUUCGCUGUAGAAGUUACCACCUGACAGAGCUCGCAGCACAGGUGCUGAAGAUGGAGAGACACAUAGUCCCCCAGGAAGACAUAAAAAAUCUUUACAGUGACUCUCCUCACCUGCUGUACCUGCUGGAGUUGACAUGGACUGAUGCCAAGCUGAUCCUGCAGAUCAUGUGUGAGCUCAACGUGCUGCCGCUCGCCCUGCAGAUCACCAGCAUUGCUGGCAAUGUCAUGUCUCGUACUCUGAUGGGCGGCCGCUCUGAGAGAAAUGAGUUCCUUUUGCUUCACGCAUUCCACGAUAAGAACUACAUCGUCCCUGACAAACCGUCUUUUAAAAAGGCCCAGCAGGAGUUGGCUGAGGGAGAAGAUGAUGUGGAUGCAGGAAAAGGAAAGAGGAAAAAGAAGGCUGCCUAUGCUGGAGGUCUGGUGCUUGAUCCUAAAGUUGGGUUCUACGAUAAGUUUGUGCUGCUGCUGGACUUCAACAGCUUGUAUCCCUCAAUCAUCCAGGAGUUCAACAUCUGUUUCACCACCGUGCAAAGAGAGGCUUAUAAUGCACAGAAGAAGAAGAACGACGAUGAGCCAGAGGAGAUUCCAGAGAUCCCAGAUCCCGACCUGGAAAUGGGAAUCCUGCCCAAAGAAAUCAGGAAGCUGGUUGAACGGCGUAAGCAGGUCAAACAGCUUAUGAAACAGCAAGACAUCAACCCAGAUCUUUACAUGCAGUAUGACAUUCGUCAGAAAGCCUUGAAGCUGACUGCAAACAGCAUGUACGGCUGCUUGGGAUUUAGUUACAGCCGAUUCUACGCCAAGCCACUUGCUGCUUUGGUCACACACAAAGGUAGAGAGAUUCUGAUGCACACCAAGGACAUGGUUCAGAAGAUGAAUUUAGAAGUCAUCUAUGGAGAUACCGACUCCAUCAUGAUCAACACCAACAGUAAAUCUCUUGAGGAAGUCUUCAAACUGGGAAAUAAGGUAAAGGCGGAAGUAAACAAGCUCUACAAACUGCUGGAGAUUGACAUUGAUGGUGUGUUCAAGUCACUUCUGCUGCUGAAGAAAAAGAAAUAUGCAGCACUGGUUGUAGAGCAACAUGGAGAAGGACGAUACAGUGUGAAGCAGGAGCUCAAAGGCCUGGACAUUGUCCGCAGGGAUUGGUGUGACCUAGCCAAAGAAUGUGGCAACUAUGUGAUUGGUCAGAUCUUGUCAGACCAGAGUCGUGACGUCAUUGUUGAGAACAUCCAGAAACAUCUGGUGGAGGUGGGAGAGAAGGUAGCCAGUGGAGACAUACCCCUCAACCAGUAUGAGAUACACAAGGCCCUGACAAAAGAUCCCCAGGACUACCCAGAUAAGAAGAGUCUCCCUCACGUCCACGUAGCUCUGUGGAUAAACUCGCAGGGUGGUCGCCGAAUCAAAGCUGGAGAUACAGUUUCCUACCUCAUCUGUAAGGAUGGUUCCACGUUGGGAGCCAGCCAGAGAGCGUACGCUCUGGAGCAGCUGCAGAAGCAGGAGGGUCUCAGUCUGGACACGCAGUACUACCUGGCCCAGCAGAUCCACCCGGUGGUUUCUCGUAUCUGCGACCCCAUCGAAGGCAUUGACAGCGUGCUCAUAGCCACAUGGCUGGGUCUGGACCCGACUCAGUUCAGGUCCCAGCAGCAGUAUCAGCGGGAGGAGGAGGCUGACGGCAUGCUGGGAGCACCAGUCCAGCUGACCGACGAGGAGCGCUACAAAGACUGUGAGAGGUUUACUUUCACAUGCCCUCAGUGCGGCACUGACAACGUCUACGACGGCGUCUUUGAAGGAGCUGGUGACAAAAUUGAGCCCAGUUUGAUGCGAUGCUGUCAUAUUCCCUGUGGGAGUCAACCCCUUGACUAUCCUGUCAACAUCUGCAACAAACUUCAACUUGACAUCCGUCGCUACAUCAAGAAAUACUACUCUGGCUGGUGUGUGUGCGAGGAUCCGACCUGUCAGAACAGGACCAGGCGUUUGCCCAUCGCCUUCUCCCGACAUGGACCCAUCUGCCCUGCCUGCACCCGGGCUACACUUCGACCUGAGUACUCUGAGAAGGCUCUCUACCACCAGCUCUGCUUCUACAGAUUUAUCUUUGAUUGGGACUACGCACUAGCCAAACUACAGCCUGAUGAGAGAAAUAAAUUUAAAAAUUUGAACCACGAGAAGGAAGUCUAUCGAAGGCUAAAGGAAGUGUCAGACAAAGCCUUGGCCAACAGCGGCUACUCGGAGAUUAACCUGGCCAAGCUCUUCCAAGCUUUCUCCUCCCUCAAGUAAAAACAACACACAACCACAAAGACAACACCACCAAGAGGCUUGAACGUCUGAUACUGAGCUGGAGAUUUGCACAUUCAACCACAUCUGGUUUUGGUUUGCAAAUAUUGUGUUAUUGGUGAUCUAAAUGCUUUGUUCUUCCCAUGGCAUCUUCUCUCAGCCUAAUGGGCAUUUUAUAUGCCUUAAAACACCAAUCACACCUUCUCCUGUCCACUCUCCUCACACACACAUAUACAGUACUCGUGACUUGACCCCAUUACCCUUACUCUGUAUGGUAUAGGGCGAGUAGCAAUCAUACCUAAAUGGCAGUCUAUUGUAUGUGCAGAGGCUAGCUGAGCCCAGAUGUGUGUGCGUGCAAGUGUAAAAAUGACUUAUCUUCAGAGCAGCCGGUAUACUCCAAAAAGCAGCUAAUUAGCCAAUGAUAGUGACCCCAACCACUAAGACCACUGGAUGCCCGCAGCGAUUGGACACUUGUUCUGAUUACCACCAUUCAUCCUGCGCGCGUGUGUGUGUGACGUGUGUGUCAGAUCAGACGGUGGAAGAAAGGAGCGAGGAGGGUGCAGGGAGUGGCGGGGUGAGGAAGGCCACACGCGCUGCUCUUCAGCUCUUUUGUACCCGUAUCGAACAGCUGAUCUACUUCUCCUCCACUGCCUCUGUUUAACUGUCAUUUUAUCUCUUUCACUUGUUUUUUUUACUUUUUCAAUCCUUCCUGUUCUGAGCAAAUUGUGUUUUUGAAGCAUGUAAUUUCCUGUCACAGUUGUCUUUUACAAGGUUUAUGUAAUUUGUAAUAAGCAGAACAUUUUGUUUUGGGUGUUUUGAUAUUGAUACUAAUGUUUUAGAUAUGGGAACCUCAAUAAAGAAUUAAAC